AUGGACUUCAGCGGCACCUGGAAAGUUUAUUCUGAGGAGAACCUCGAGGGGUUCUUGAAAGUAGUAGGUGCUCCUGAAAUGGUCAUCAAGAUGCGAAAGGAAGUCAAACCGGUGCUGGUGAUCGAGCAAAAGGGCCAAGACUUCACCUACACCAUGAAGACCCCCAUCUGCACCAAGGUGCACUCGUUCAGACUGGGCAAGGAGUCCGAGAUGACCGCUGCGGACGGCCGGAAGUUUAAGUGCAUCGUCAGAGAGGAGGACGGGAAGCUGAUCGCGGAGACUGAAAAGUUCACCUCGGUCCGUGAGAUGCAAGGGGACGACAUGGUUGAGACCAUCACUGCCGGCCCGCUCACGUUCACCAGCCGGAGCAAGCGCGUCUGA